GGACCCACCUGAUCGCACGUGUAAUAUAAGGAGGUGCCACUGCCGACGCUCUCUCUUUCUCUCUCUCUUCACAUAAAGCUUUUCGCCUUUGCUGAAGAACAUAACAGAAACAAAGAACAGUGCUUUGAAAAAACAAUGCACACUAGUGGUGGUUACACAGCACAAGUGACAUGCUUAUCUCCUAAUGCAACUGAGAAGGAUGUUUAUGAUUUCUUCUCUCACUGUGGUACAAUUGAGCAUGUUGAAAUCAUCAGAUCUGGUGAAAAUGCUUGUACUGCAUAUGUUACAUUCAUAGAUGCUUAUGCUCUUGAAACGGCUGUAUUGCUCAGUGGUGCUACAAUAUUAGAUGAACUGGUACACAUAUCAGCUUGGGGAACAUAUGGAGAUGAAUCUGAUCAGUGGAACAAUUCUUCAUGGAACCCGGAUGGACAUUCUAGCUCAACGGUUUACAGCACAAAUCAAUUUGUUUCUUCUCCUAGUGAAGCUAUAACAGUGGCUCAAGAAGUUGUCAAAACCAUGCUAGCCAAAGGUUAUGUUUUAGGGAAAGAUGCAUUAGUGAAGGCCAAAGCUUUGGACGAGUCUCAUCGCGUUUCAGCUACCGCAGCAGCCAAAGUUGCUGAGAUUAGCAACAGAAUUGGGCUGACAGACACAAUUUAUUCAAGUAUGGAAACUGUUAAAUCCGUAGAUCAGAAGUUUCAUGUUUCGGACAUAACUCGAUCAGCUGCUUAUGUCACUGGGACAGCAGCUGUAGCAGCUGCAUCGGUCACUGGAAGAGCUGCUAUGGCAGCUGGUAGUGUUGUAGCCAACAGCACAUACUUUUCCAAGGGAGCUCUUUGGGUUUCAGAUGUGUUAAAUCGCGCCGCGAAAGCUGCUUCCGAAUUAGGAAGUAAUGUCCCUAAAUAAAAGUCUUCAAGACACAAAGUUAUUAAUUGUCCUGUUUGACUGAGCUUCUACUUUCUACUUUUAACUUCUCGGAAAGAAAGCUCUUUCCGAGUUAAAAGCUGAAACUCACUAGUUCAGGCCUAAAUAGCACCAGAAGUGUUUUUGGGCUUUUCAAAGCCCAUCUGAUAUGAAAUAUUGUUUGAUUCAUGAGGGGUAAGUUGAAAAAUGCCUCUUUUAUUCAUCAAUUAAUCAAAUUUACCUCUAAUUUUAUAUUUAUUUGAAACAUACCUCUUUUUAUAUGUAUUGUACCCAAAAUACCCUUACAUAAGAGAAUUACAUGGGGAGUAUCUUGAAGUGACAGGGGUAAAAUUGGUACAAUGUUUAAAAAAAGAGGUAAAAAUGAUAGAUUUUAAAAAAGAAGGUAAAAAUAAAAAAGGACAAUAUAAAAAGGGUAUAGAGUGUAAUUUCCUCUUGAUUCAUUGAUACUCUAAAAUUGUACUUAGCAAUAUAUACCCUUUUGGAGUCUCUCAAUCAGGACUGUUUUGAAAGUUUAAUAAUAUAUUGUUAAGCAAUGGUAUUUUAUACAA